ACCAAGUUGUUUGUAGCAGGUUUGUUCUGGGAUACCACUGAUGAGUCCCUUCGUGAUCACUUCAAGCGCCUCGGUACCAUUGUCGAGGCUACAGUCGUCAGGGACCGUAUCUCUGGUCGCUCCCGUGGCUUCGGUUUUGUCACUUAUGCUGACAGCGUUUCUGCUGAAGACGCCAUCAGAGAGCUGAACGACACGGAUUUUAAGACUCGCAGGAUCAAGGUUGACCGCGUCACCGAGCGUUGCAAUGAUAACCGCGUUAAUUUCGGCAGUAACAGCGGACCCCAUACCAACCAGGGAAGCGGAUAUGGCGGUAGGCCAUGA